AGUGUUUUACAGUGCACAGGAUCAGUCGCCGCUCGUGCGUGACGUGACUGCGCGGCGCCGCUCCAACUGUUCGCCCAACAGACGCUCGUUUGGCGUCGGCGGACGCGGAGUUGGGUCCGUCCCGUGCCGUGAACGUCCCCGCGCCGUGCGUCCCGCGCGCCUGGCCGACCGACCCGCCAGCGAUUGGUCAGCUCCACAAUUAGUUUACCGUUACGCGGCCAGUCAGCGUGUGUUCAUCAUCAUCAUCAUCAUCAUCAUCUGCUGCUGCCGCCUCCUCCUCAUGACUGAGUAGAAAAGCCCGCCAGGCUUCUUCUUCACACUCCCCCAGACAUGGACACCAUAGGGGUGUCCUUCCUGGACCCCCUGGACGACUACGAGCUAAUUCACCGGAUCGGGUGCGGCACCUACGGAGACGUGUUCAAGGCUCGUAACAUCAGGACGUCUGAACUGGCAGCUAUCAAAAUUGUCAAGCUGGACCCUGGUGACGACAUCACGUCCAUCCAGCAGGAGAUCACCAUGAUGAAGGAGUGCAAGCACAAAAACAUCGUGGCCUACUUCGGCAGCUACCACAGGAACACCAAGCUGUGGAUCUGCAUGGAAUACUGUGGAGGAGGCUCCCUUCAGGAUAUUUACCACGUGACGGGCCCGUUGAAGGAGAAACAGAUCGCAUACGUGUGCAGAGAGACCCUGCAGGGUUUGUAUCACUUGCAUGAAACUGGCAAAAUGCAUAGAGACAUAAAGGGAGCCAACAUCCUUUUGACAGAGAGAGGAGAUGUGAAACUGGCUGAUUUUGGAGUGGCAGCAGAAAUCAGCGCCUCGGUGGCCAAAAGGAAAUCUUUUAUUGGAACUCCCUACUGGAUGGCUCCGGAGGUGGCUGCAGUGGAAAAGAAGGGUGGGUACAACCACCUGUGCGAUAUCUGGGCCGUCGGCAUCACUGCCAUCGAGCUGGCAGAGCUCCAACCACCAAUGUUUGACCUCCACCCAAUGCGAGCGCUGAUGUUGAUGUCCAAGAGCAACUUCCAGCCUCCACGACUAAAGGAUAAAACCAAGUGGUCUGCAGGUUUCCAAAGCUUUGUGAAGAUGUCUCUCAUCAAAAAUCCUCGGAAGAGGCCCUCGGCUGAGACAUUGCUUCAGCAUCCAUUUGUGACACAGCUGCUAACCCGUAACCUGGUCAUUGAGCUUCUGGACUUGGCCAACAACCCUGAGCUCCACUCUACCCACACACAUAGCCUGGACGACAAUGAACUGGAGGUUGGGGAAAUGGCUCCUGACAAGAUUCAGUCAGCAGGGAAACACCUGUCUGUAGAGAGGACCUUGUCUGAAGAGCAAUUUGACCAAGUGAAAUUUGGACCCCAACUGAGAAAAGUCACAGAACCCUAUCCUGAUUUGCAGGGAUCCUAUGACGACGACUGGAGUCUGUCUGGGGAUGAAGGCAACUCACCGAGCCUGUUGGAAUGUGUGGAGCAAGCUCUGCAGCUGAGGAGUUUAACCAUUAGAAGGGCGCCAUCUAGUGAUGGAGGCAAGAAGGGUGGUCUGUUCGGUCCGUCUACAGCGUCCCUGCCGGCCUUCAGCUCUUUAACUCCCGGCACAGAGGACGGCGACCCGACGGCGAGACCGAGCUGCACACUGGGCCCUGACACCGCCGUCGCCGUCGACUCCCCCUCCACUACAGUCUUGGCCAGGUGCUCUGCCACACAGGACAUCAGACAGCGCUGCAGUGAUCCCUGUCUGCCCGUGGCUGGCGCUGUUACAGCAGAGAAGAGGAGGGUCGCCACUGUUUCUUCUCCGAAAAGAGAGACACCACUAUCACCUGAAUGGAGCACACUGAGGAAAAAGACUGAGAACUCAAGGGCUGAUUGUCAUGGACUUCCUCCUACCCCUCAAGUCCAUAUGGGAGCCUGCUUCUCCAAAGUCUUCAAUGGCUGUCCUCUUAAAAUCCACUGUGCUGUCACCUGGAUUUUACCCAAGACCAGAGACCAGCACCUUAUUCUCGGGGCAGAGGAGGGCAUCUACACACUGAACCUGAACGAGCUACACGAAGAUACACUGGAGAAGCUGCUCCCUCAGCGCUGCACGUGGCUCUAUGUAAUGAACAACGUGCUGAUGUCUGUCUCAGGAAAGUCGUCCCAGCUUUAUUCCCACAGUCUGACGGCUCUGUUCGAACAGAGAGGACACCUGCAGAAGAAACACGGCAGUCUGUCGCUCGGCACCAACCGUUUGACGGAGAGGAUCAGCACCAGAAAGUUUGCCAUAUCUGUGAAGAUUCCUGACACUAAAGGCUGUAGGACAUGUAGUGUAGCAAGAAACCCAUACACUGACAGCACGUUUCUGUGCGGGGCUGUGCCGUCUGGCCUGGUUCUGCUGUUGUGGUACGAGCCUCUCCAGAAGUUCAUGCAUCUAAAGCACAUAGCGACCAGGCUGCCGGACUCUCUGCCGGUAUUUGAGCUGUUGGUGUUGGUGACGGAUGAGUUCCCCCAGCUGUGUGUCGGGGUGAGAGACUGCAGUAACGGCAAACCGCCAACCAGCCAGCAGCUCAAGUUUGAUAUCAUCGAGCUGAACGGCACCCCUGUUUCAGUACCAGAAAGUGGAGCACUGAGGGCGGUGCAGGUGACCCAGCUGGACAGAGACACCGUCCUCAUCGCAGUAGAGAAAACUGUUCGGAUUGUGAACCUCGGAGGGCUUCCGACCAAAGAGCUGGCUUCGGAGAUGGUCUUUGACUUCCCCAUCGAAACGCUAGUCUGCUUACAGGACAGUGUGCUUGCCUUCUGGAAACAUGGCCUUAAAGGGAAGAGUUUCCAUUCAAACGAGGUAACGCAAGAAAUUACAGAUGAAAGUCGAGUAUUCAGAGUUUUGGGAAAUAGCAGGGACAUCAUCCUUCACAGCACACCCACAGAUGACCCCUCAGCACUGAGCAACCUGUACAUCCUCACUGGACACGAGAGCAGCUACUGAGAGACAACGGGUCGUCGUCUUCAGAAAUCAUGUACCGAGACACCAGCACCAAGUGGUCGCCACCGACUCUCCGCUGUGAAUGACAAAUUAAAUCAGUGUGGGAUUUAGUUGCCCGCUCAGACUGAUACUAUUUUUUUGGGUGGGGAAUGAGACUGUAAAUCCCUGGUGGUGUCAACAAGUUAAGGGAGCUUCUAACUCUUGAGUGUGCCAGUUAAAACUGCAUUAGCCAAAAUCCAUCCUUCCACAGAGUGGUUGCCACGGGGACAAUUCUAUUUCUGUUAACUGAGUUGCCACAGCGCCACUGCCGACUGUAAAGACCACAGACUGCAGGAACACAUGGACAUGACAAUUGUGACGUCACACAUAAUCUUCUGAACCGAUGUUUACAUGAAUACAUUUUAUUCCUAUUUACAAACAGCCGUUCAAAUAAUUUCCAGUUGUAGAUGUGAUAGAAUUAAAGGUUUUUUUCAAGCGAUAUCCGUGGAGUCUGACACCUUUUAGAGCAUCCAGUGACCAUUGCUGGUACUGCAGCUUAACGCAACACCAUGCAACUAUUUUUUAAUAAAAAUAUUAUUUCUUCACACUAACCCUCCUUCCCAGCUCGUAAAUACUGUCCAAUUCAACAUCCUUGUCAUAAUUACAACUGGGAAACACAAUAUAUCCAAGUUGACGCCUUUAUAAUAGGUGAUCUAAAGUUUGUCUGUUAGGGUAAUUAAACCCAGAUUCAUAGUGCUUUAUUGUUAAUGCACAGUACUUUUACCCUCACACAACCAAUUGUGCAUAAUUCCGACCUCUGUAUCCCACUGGUCCAACUUCGAAAACAGUGUGGGGAAAUAAUAACUGCCUAGGUGUAAAUCACAUUUUGGGUUUGUAGAACAAUGGAAGAAACUCUCAAUGAGAAAAUACACUGUGUGGUUGAAGCUAUAGCUGUAAGUGUGGUUGUUAUCUAGAAUGUUAAAAACAGUUUGUUGUCAAAUGUACGUAUUUUAUCCGAAACAAUGUCAUUCUGAAAAUCACAUUUAAAUGUACUGUUAGACUGUCAAUGUGCUACAGUAGCUUAGCAGCAGUCACAUGUGCCACUGUGUUGAGAGUCCAUUGCACUCAGUCACCCAUGGUUGUCAAACAGCUUUAAGAGCUUCACAAUUAAUAAUUCCACUUACACAUAGGCUAAUGUACAUUUGAUUAAAAUAGGUGCCAUAGAAACUGAAUGCAAAGAGUUAUACUUCCGCUUGUUCGGGCGAAAUGUAAAUUCUACUAUAUUAGUUUUGUGUGUAAUGAUAUUUAAGUUAUUUAUGGAAAGAACUGUACAAGUAACACUCACCGUUCCCUGAGUUAUACUUGAAAGACAAUAUGCCUUUUUUGAAGAUGUUUUUAUUGUUAUUCUAUAGAAAGUCUAUAUAGGCGAUAUAACAAUUCAAAAUCUUACACUAUGGAGGGAUUGUAAUAUGCCAAUAAAUAUUUUAAUUACAUUUAAAGCUAUAGCAGAUUUAGAUGCAGUGGCCUCGAGAUGUAUUCCGACCCCUUCACCUUUGCACAUUUUAUUGUGUCGUGAAUUUAAUUGCAAAUCAAUAACAUUGUCAUUAUGAGUUAUAGAGCGUAGACUAAUUGGUAAAAAUGACAAAAUAAACUUCCGGGUAAAUCUC